AUGGUACUGCACGGAGGAGAUCGACCUCUUCAGGUCGUAAAAGGGUUCAACACGAGGCUGAUGUUGUUCAGGAUGAUGUCGUUGAGCAUGAGUACCAGGAUCAUGUUGCACAGAUCAUGUGAUGGUCAGGAUCGUGUUGUGAAAGUAGUCUCCCACAUUAAAAAAGUGAAAAAAUUAGGACCUCCUCACCCUUUUGUUCUCCCCUUUGUGGUAGCUUUUGGAUUAUCGCCUCUAUGCGAUAUUUUAUAUGAAUAUCCCGAUGUUGGGUUAAUAUUGGGUUUCGUGGAGAGAUGGCAUCCCGAGACUAAUACUUUUCAUCUACCAAUUUGUGAGAUGACCAUCACUUUAGAUGACGUCUGGUCGCUCCUUCAUCUUCCCAUCACUAGACAAUUUUGCUCCACUGAAAAUCUUAAAUAUGAAGAUUCAAUUGAGAUUUUGAUGACACUUCUUGGUGUUGAUCAAACCAUGGCUUGCAAUGAGUUGAAUCAAAGUCGUGGUGGACAAGUCAGACUUAGCUGGUUGAGAGAUUUGUAUGAUAGUUGUUGUGAUAACGAGCUAUGGGAGUUUGUUGCACGCGCAUAUCUUUUGCACCUUGUAGGGUGCACGAUAUUUGCUAAUAAAAGUGCCACCUAUGUCCGUACCCAUUUCGAGCUAUUUAGAGAUCUCCCUACAUGUCGUAGAUAUGCUUGA